AUAAAAGUGUGCGUUUCAUUUGGAUAACAAUUUGUAUUAUACAUACAAGUCAGAAAAGGGCAAACUUCUAUUUAGCAUCGAACAAACUGUCACCAAAGAAACAAUACAAUACGUAACUCAAAAUGUCGAAUAUACUUGCUGCCAAACUCGACUGCCAAUGCGGCGGAAAAAACAGUCCCAUGGAUUCGGUGAUAGUGCCGAUUACCCAGGAACUGAAGUGCAUGCAAAAACUGAUCAAAAGGGUAAGACACUCCCAAAUGGCCGUGCUUUUCCAACGCGAAGAUGAGAUGUACAAAGAAGAGCUGAAGGCCCGAAAUCUUGCCAUUUGGCAUGAACCUGAUUAUCGACACUGCAAAUGACAUUUAAGGCAGCCACCACAGAUGAACGAUAUUAAGGCAGCCACCUUUUUAUUAACGAUAUUUCAUUUCAAUUGCCAUUUGUACUUUUUCAAAUUUUUCCAAAACACAAGAAUAACAAACAAAAAAAUGUAUAAAGCAAAAAUAAACGAUGCCUAAGAGUGUAAAAAUUGUAAUAUUUAUGCAAACAUCUAAGAUCGUGCUAUGAUAUGAUAUUAAAUUCAUGAAAUUUGGCUCUUCU